AUGAUUCCGGGUAAGGUUGAGGUCCCUUCAAUCUCAUCGGAGGAAGCGCUGAACCGACCUACUAGAUCGUCGUCCACCAGCACGUGGUCAUCAGACAGUGCUACGCAGUCUCUUCCCGGAAUCCGAGGAAGGAUUUUCAGACGCGAUUCUGUAUCUGAAGCCAUGGAUACAAACUCAAACGAUGAUGCACAUGCGGCAUCUGACGAACCGCAAAAUUGGAAGCAGGACCUAGUUCAACAAAUUCGCGACACGUGUAAGAACGGCGGUUGCUGUCCUAGCACGUUGUCAUGCUGUAUCGGGAGGAGUAGUGCCUGUUCAAAUACGAAAGCAUCAGUCACGUCGCUGUAG